AUGACUCUUAAUCAUUUAAAGACCCAUCUCAAUGAAUUUCCCCAUUUUUCAGUGAUUGUCUUCUGGCAAAAAGGAUGGAAAAAAGUGCGAAUCGAGGACUUAUCCACCGAACCUCCUGGAGAAGAGAGGGCCCCUCGAAGGCUUAACCUCCAGCCACCAUCUGUCAAGAGAAGUGACGAGGAGGCGGAAGUCGUCGAUUCCGACUACGAAAUAUAUUCCGAUAUCGAGCAAGACUUGGAUGGUACAAAUUUUCAACUUAUUAUCCAGAGAGCGGCAGCGGCAGCGGCAGUACCACUCCGACCGCGGGCCGAAAUGGGUCCUCAGCUGUUAGUCGUUGUCUUAGCCGUCUUCGCCGCGGCACUGGUCUUCUCCGCGUCCGGCGAGAGGGGUGUCCUCUUAGUGGGGGCGAGGGACGCUCCCUGGCUGGCCAAUGGCCUCAGCAGGACUCUAUUUGGUCCUGGAGAAACUUACACGUUACCUAAUCCAUUGGAUCGCUUGGAUGUUUUGGGUGUCUGA